UUUGGCACCCAACACCAUAAAAGCCCUCGACAUCUCCAUUUAUUGCCUUCCAAAAAACCCAAACCAGGAUAUCAAUGGCAGAGGGCCUCGUAAUAAAACAUGAGCAACUCCCAAAGUGCGAGUAUCGAAACGACCCCGUUUUGAUUAAACCAAUCAGCGAAACUCCGAAGCACAUUCUUCCACUUUCCGAUGUGGACGAUCAAGCAUUCCUGAGAUUUUCGAUAAAGUGUGUUUUGGUCUUCAGAGGAUCGAUGGAAGCAGAAUGGUUGAAACGCGGUCUUUCGAGAGUUCUAGUGGAUUAUUAUCCUCUGGCUGGGCGGCUUAGGACUUGUCCCCAACACCUUCACAAGCUUCAAGUUGAUUGCAAUGGAGAGGGCGCCUUGUUUGCUGAAGCCUUCUUGGACGUCCACUCUCACCAUUUUCUCUCGUUUACUUCCAAUCCAGACGCCUCUUGGUCAACCCUUUUGUAUAAGCCUAAGGUUGAUGCCCUAAAUUUCGCCCAACUCCCUCCUCUCCUUCUUCAGGUUACAUAUCUCCGGUGUGGAGGUAUGAUUCUAAGCACGGCAAUCCACCACUGUUUAUGUGACGGCAUCGGAACGUCUCAAUUUCUGCAUGCCUGGGCCCACAUAACUUCCCAAUCAAAUCUCUCCCCUCCACUAACCCCACCGUUCCACAGCCGCCACGUGUUAUCUCACCGAGGCCCCACCAGAAUCCACUGCGCUCACCCUCAGUAUACCAAAACCCCACGCGCCAACUGGAACGUCGACAUCACCAAAUCCCUCCAAUCUCAGCCGUUGAUUCCUUCUUCCUCGAUCUUCACCACUUCUCAAAUCCUCCGUCUCAAACCGUCGUUCAACUGCACCACAUUCGAAACCCUUGCUUCGCACACGUGGCGCUCUUGGAUUCGUUCGCUCGACCUCCCUCCUUCGCUCCACGUCAAGCUCCUUUUCCCUGUAAAUAUCCGCAACAAACUUGUCCCCAAAAUCCCUAAAGGCUAUUACGGAAACGCCUUUGUUCUUGGAUGCGCUGAAUCUUCUGUUAACGAAUUGACCGUCGCAGAGGACUUAAACGGCGUCGUUCGCUUGGUGCAGAACGCGAAAUCGAUCAUCGAUGACGAUUACAUCAAGUCGACGAUCGUUCAGCUGGAGGACAAAAGCCUCCAAACCGACUUGUCGGCCAGUUUAGUGAUAUCGGACUGGUCGAAAUUGGGUUUACAGGACUUGGAUUUUGGGCUUGGGAAGCCUCUUGUAAUGAGCCCUUUGUCCAGCGAUGUCUUCUGCUUGUUUCUGCCGGUGAUCGGAGAUGUUAAGGCCGUGAGAGUGCUCGUGGCGGUUCCGGUGGAUGUGGUUGAGAAGUUUGAGUAUUACAUGACCAGAGAGUACUUUUCCGAUGGAGAAACGAACGUUUGAAAGCAGGCCCACAUCCUCGGCCCAAAUAAGAUACAAAAUGGGCCUUACAGUGCUGGUCUGACCUUCCCAGUAGGCCCAAAAAACAAUUUGUACGGCAAUAAUUACCGCCGUAAAAUUAUUGAGUUGUUCUUUUUACCACGUCCAAUUAUCAGUUGUUCAAGAAGUAGGAAUCUCAUUGUAAUUUUUUCCCCA